AUGACAUUGGUUGGAGGUACUCUAUCGGAUCUGUGGAAGAAUGAAGAAAGAGGCGUUCCAAUGGCAGCAUUCAGCGCUGCACCCUUUAUUGGCCCUUCCAUUGGCCCUCUCGUGGGUGGGUUUCUUGGCGACAACUGCGGCUGGAGGUGGCUUUACUGGCUGCAGUUGAUUUUGUCCUUCGUUUCUUGGACGCUUGUCACAUUCACUGUCCCCGAGACAUACACUCCAACGCUGCUGAAGCGAAGAGCUGCGAAGCUGCGCAAGACAGAGAAUGAUCCAACGUACACCACCGAGACAGAACUCGACUCUCGCCCUCUGGGACAGAAGUUGCGGAUGAUUCUUAUUCGUCCAUUCCAGCUACUUCUGCUUGAACCCAUUGUUCUUUUCAUCGCCAUCUACAUGUCCGUUCUUUACGGCCUCCUGUACAUGUUUUUCGUGGCAUACCCGAUCGUUUACCAGUUCGGCAAAGGCUGGAGUGCAUCGAUGACUGGUCUGAUGUUUAUCCCACUGGCGAUCGGUGUUCUAGGCAGUGCCGCAUGCUCUCCAUUUGUGAACAAGAGUUACCUCAAGAUCUCACACCAGUACAAUGGCAAGCCUCCAGCUGAAAAGCGUCUGAUUCCAAUGAUGUACUCUUGCUGGUUUAUUCCCAUCGGUCUCUUUAUCUUCGCAUGGACUUCUUACCCUGAUGUACACUGGAUUGGACCGGCUAUAGGAGGAUUCCCGGUUGGAUUUGGUUUUAUCUUUCUGUACAACUCAGCAAAUAACUAUCUCGUCGAUACGUAUCAGCAUCAAGCUGCCUCAGCGCUGGCAGCAAAGACUUUUCUACGUUCUAUAUGGGGUGCCUCUACCGUGCUGUUCACAGAACAGAUGUACAAGAGGUUAGGAUAUCAGUGGGCGAGCUCCCUCCUGGCUUUCAUAGCUUUGGCCUGCUGUGCUAUUCCAUAUGUCUUCUAUUUUAAGGGAGAGGGCAAUUCGCCGGUUCUCUAA